CGAUUAUUUCCUGUGACGUAGCGCUAGCUCCCGAUGCUACACGCGGGAAACAGGCGAGGCAUCUCAUCACACUGACAAGCAUCAGUCGUUGCCUGUAGCCGAGAUGGGGGACACACUGGAGUUCAGCGACAUCUACCAGGAGCAUAAAGGUUCCUGGAAUGAUGGGCGGUUGCGUUUCAGCAAGCAAACUGUGGUUUAUAAGAGCAGCAAGACGGGGAAGGUGGACAGCAUCCAGGCUGCCGAGCUCAACCUGGCCCACUGGAGGCGAGUGUGUUUAGGUCAUGGCAUCAAGCUGGGCACCAACUCGGGACAUGUCUACAAAUACGAUGGCUUCAGGGACACGGAUUUAGAGAAGAUCUCUGAGUUUUUCAAGACCAACUACAAGCUGGAAGUGAUGGAGAAGGACAUGUGUGUGAAGGGAUGGAACUGGGGAACAACCAAGUUCUCAGGUCCACUGUUAGCAUUUGAGAUAAACGACAAUGCUGCGUUCGAGGUCCCACUGUCCAACGUGUCCCAGUGCGCCACGGGGAAGAACGAGGUCACUCUGGAGUUCCACCAGAACGACGACACCGAGGUCUCCCUCAUGGAGGUCCGAUUCUACGUCCCACCCAGCCAGUCUGAUGAACGCCAAGACCCUGUGGAGGCAUUUGCUGAGAAUGUGUUAUCUAAGGCUGAUGUGAUCCAGGCCACAGGAGACGCUGUGUGUGUCUUCAAAGAGCUGCAGUGUCUUACACCCAGAGGAAGAUACGAUAUCCGUAUCUACCCGACUUUCCUUCACCUCCACGGUAAGACCUUUGAUUACAAGAUUCCCUACACCACGGUCCUCCGUCUAUUCCUGCUGCCACACAAGGACCAGAGGCAGAUGUUCUUUGUGAUCAGUCUGGAUCCUCCCAUCAAGCAGGGUCAGACGCGUUAUCACUUUCUCAUCUUGCUCUUCUCCAAGGAAGAGGAACUCAGCCUCACCCUUAACAUGAGCGAGGAGGAUGUGGAGCGCCGUUUUGAGGGCAAACUCACUAAAAACAUGUCGGGGUCUCUGUAUGAGAUGGUCAGCCGGGUGAUGAAGUCCCUGGUCAACCGCAAGAUCACUGUGCCCGGAAACUUCCAGGGUCACUCUGGGGCUCAGUGCAUUACCUGCUCCUACAAGGCGUCCUCAGGCCUCCUCUAUCCCCUGGAGAGGGGCUUCAUCUACGUCCACAAGCCCCCCGUGCACCUGCGCUUCGAGGAGAUCUCCUGCGUCAACUUCGCCCGAGGAACCACCACAACACGGUCCUUUGACUUUGAGAUCGAGACAAAGCAGGGAAAUCAGUUCACUUUCAGCAGCAUUGAGAGAGAAGAGUACGGCAAACUGUUUGACUUUGUAAAUGCCAAGAAGCUCAAUAUCAAGAACAGAGGCUUCAAAGAGAAAAAGGGCAUGAAGGGUAAGAUCGACGAGUACAGCGACUCGGACGAAGACCAGCACGAUGCCUACCUGGAGAGGAUGAAGGCCGAGGGAAAGAUCCGAGAGGAGGGCAACGAAAGCGCCGACUCGGAUGGCGAGAGCGAUGAGUCGUUUAACCCCGGAGAAGAAGAUGAUGACAUUGCAGAAGAGUACGACAGCAAUGCCUCAGCAAGCGAGAGCGACAGUGGUGAAGAUGCCGACGAUAGUGAUGAUACGAAGAAGAAGAAGAAGGAGAAGAAGGAGAAGACAGUCAAAGUGGUGAAGGAGAAGAAAGAGAGGAAACCCCGCAAAGAGAGGAAGAGGAGGCCGAAGGAGGUCGGCGCGCCCAAGAGGCCGAUGAGCGCCUACAUGCUGUGGCUCAACGCCAGCCGAGAGAGAAUCAAGUCUGAGAACCCCGGCAUCUCCAUCACAGAGAUCUCCAAGAAGGCCGGAGAGAUGUGGAGGACGCUGAGCAAAGAGGACAAGGAGGAGUGGGACAUAAAGGCAGUGGAGGCGAAGAAGCAGUAUGAAAUUGCAAAGCAGGAGUUCAAAGACAGCGGCGGAGGAGCGGCGGCGGCGGCGGCGUCCUCCAGUCCUCAGAAGGAAAGUAAAAAACCUGCAGUCAAGAAGGAGGAGAAGAAGAGGAAGUCCGCCGGGGGAGACAAGGAGAAGGAUCGCACCGUCAACGACAGCUUCAAGAGUAAAGAGUUCAUCGAGACCAGCGAGGACUCAUCGGACUCUGACAAGAAGAGCAAGUCCAAGAAGAAGAAGAAGAAGAAGAAGGAGGAAUCUGAGGAAGAGGAGGAAGCGGCUGCGUCCACACCUGCCAGCUCUGAGGCAGACUCUGAUUAAACGUGCACAUUUCUACCCAUCCAACACACAAACCAAGGACCAAGGAUUUAUACUCGUCAUGAUAAUCUCACCCAAAAGGACAGACCGACAAAUCAACAGACUUGAGUUGUAUUUUUUUCUCUUUUACAUGUUUUACUGAAGAGUACCAACUCUUCUUGUGACUCUCAAAGCUCAUGUAAUAUUUGAUAUUCGAGCAGGUUUGCCUUCUGACAGCUCAACGGUGGUGUACAGGUGAACCAUUUUUCAAAGAAGGGUUUGUUUCAUCUCACCCACUGGGAUGGUUUUAGUUUUAUUAGCGCCGAGGAGAUAGUUAUCCUUUUGAUUUGGAUCGGGCAGAGGGAGCAGAUGCAACGCCUUUUUGUCUUUCCUGUGUGUAGAGCAUUUAAAUACAGCAGUUAAGUGUUUCUUUUUUUUGUGUUUCACUGUCAUGUUUUCUGGCUUAAAUAAAUAAACCAUUUGUAAUAAACCUGCACUUGGUUGUA